AUGGAACGCAAGGAUGAAGUGAGUGACACUGCAACGGCGGUAGGGACCCUACCUACUCCUGUUCCAUAUACCGUCUUCAGCCAGAGACAGAAGCGACUGCUCAUUGCGCUUCUGGGGUUCGCCACAGUCACCUCGCCGCUCACGGCGACAAUCUAUUUCCCGCUUCUUCCGCUGUUGAGAGAUCGGUUCCACACCUCGUCGCAGGCCAUCAAUCUCACCAUCACCAUAUAUAUCAUCUUCCAGGCAAUAUCGCCAGCAGUCUUUGGCCCACUGUCCGACUCUCUUGGGCGCCGGCCGGUCUACCUGGUCACAUUGUCCUUGUAUCUGGUCGCCAAUCUGGGACUGGCCAUCAAUCAAGACAGCUAUGGCGCUCUGCUCGGCCUGCGUGCACUGCAGAGUCUAGGUGCAAGUGCGGCCUAUGCCGUCAGUUUUGGGGUUGUGGCCGAUGUCUGUGUCCCAAGCGAGCGGGGAAGCAUGCUGGGUCCGGUCAGCAUGGCAUUGAACUUGGGUGCGUGCAUCGGGCCUGUCAUCGGGGGCUGGGUCGUCUACUCCAGUGGGAGCUUCCAAUGGGUAUUCCGGGCCCUGGUCAUCAUCGCUGCGGCGUUGGUGUUCUUGGUCGGCCUUCUUCUACCAGAGACGGCCCGAGUCCUCGUGGCAGACGGGUCGGGGAGAGCUCGUCUACCCUGGUGGGAGCGCACAUGGUGGAGCCUUCUGAAGAAGGGGGCUCUAACCCAUGCACAGCCCAGCAGGGAAGGAGAGCCUCAGCCUUUCAGCAGCCCGAACGAGGGCCUCCGCCACAGUCAAGAGACUCCUCGACCGAGGAUCCGUGCGAGGUUGAGGAUAGGCAACCCGGCGGCAUGCCUGCGCAUCAUUUUCCACCGCGACACUUUCCUCGUGCUGUGGAUGCACGCCUCCUUCUACACGGUCGAUUACUCUCUGGUCGCCGCGAUUCCAGACAUCUAUCAGCAGAUAUACCGCUUCAACGCGCUGGAGAUCGGUCUGGCCUACCUCCCCCGCGGGGUCGGCAUCAUCGUCGGCGGCUUCUGCGUCGGCAAAGCCAUGGACUGGAACUACCGGGCCACGGCGCGCGAGAUCAACUGGAACAUCGAUCACGUCUCCGGCGACGAUUUGCUCGACUUCCCCAUCGAACGAGCCCGGUCUCGCGGAUCCCGCUGGCUGCUGCUCGUCUCGACGGCCGGCCUUGUCGGCUACGGCUGGGCAGUUCACUAUCACGUCCACCCAGCAGUGCUGCUGGCCCUUCAAUUCCUCCAGGGUUUCUGGGGCACUUGCUUCUACACCGUCUACAACACCCUUCUUGUCGAUGUCUUCCCGGAGAGCCCGAGCACGGCCGCCGCGGCCGCUAGUAUCGCCCGCUGCGCAAUGGCCGCCGCCGGCGUCGCCGUCUUGCAGCCGUUGCUUGCGGCGGCCGGCCGAGGCUGGUAUUUCACCGUCCUGGGCUUGUGGAGCGGGAGCUGCGGUGCCAUGGCCCUGUGGCUGAUCAGGAAGAAAGGCAUGGCGUGGAGAAGGAGGCGGUGCCACCGAAAGGAGGGGUCUCUUGCUGUACUCCGUAAUGUCGUAUAG